UACAUACAUAUAUACAAUUCCAGUUCUCGUUUUUUAGGUUUGUGUGUACAUAGUGUGUGCAUCGUUCAAAUACAACAAAAAGCAAACAUACACUUCUCUUAUGUAUGAAUAAAUAACCGGAUAUAAUAAUUAAAGGCACUCAUCUCUCUAUGAUGUUUGUUCAAUGCUGAAAGAAGAGGUUCAACUUGUUCUUUACAUUUCACAUUUAUUCACAUUUCCAAAGAUCAGACGGAAAAGUGCGUGUUGAUUACGGGAUAUACAAAAUGUGCGCGAGAAAACGAGAAAAUCGUUGAAAAAACAACAACCGAUUGCAUCAAUAUAUAAUUGCCUCAGUCUGGUUGAACUUGGUGGGAACCAAAAUUUGAAUCCCAAAUCACUUAAAAAUAUAUAUACAUAUAUACAUACAUAUAUCAAAAAGACCAAGACGCGUGAUCCCUACAUCCAAAUCACACAAAAUGGAAUUUCUUAAAAGAAAGCACUUUUCGUUGUGGAUGUUUUACCUGCUCUUGACGGCAGGUGUUGAUGCCGUAACUGGAUUACAGGGUGUGCCCACAUGGAUGACUCUGGGUCUAAAGUCCCCGUUUAUCGAAUUCGGCAGUCAGGAGGAACAACUGGCCAAUACCAGUAUACCGCUUAACAUAACAAAAGAUGAGCAGGCAUAUAUGCAUCAGGAGGGUUUGCGUAAACUUGGAACCUUCAUCAAGCCCGUAGAUCUGCGAGACUCGGAGACGGGUUAUGUUAAGGCCGAUCUUACCAAGAGACUGCCAAAUGAUCCGCCAAAUGCACAGGCUCGACGCGUUCAUCCCAUACAGGAGGAAAUGGAUCAAAAGCAAAUCAUAUUGCUCGAUGAUGAUACCGAUGAGAAUGGUCUACCAGCUAGUUUAACUGACGAGGAUCGUAAGUUCAUUGUGCCCAUGGCCCUAAAAAAUGCAUCACCAGACCCGCAAAUGUCUCCUACUCCUUCACGCCUUACCGGGGCUACGCCCACCCGCUACAGUUCUUCCAAUACACGGCGACGUGCCACAACCGCAACAUACACUAGCACAACAACGCCUCCAGACCCAGACCCCACAUCUGAUAUAGACGAUCUAAAAAAACACAUAUUGUUCUUGCACAAUAUGACAAAAAGUAAUAACAACUUUGAGUCCAAGUUUGUUAAAUUUCCCAGCUUACAAAAGGAUAAAGCAAAGCAGGCGCCCAGUUCGCCAGCGAGUGUGAAGCGCCAGCAACGACCUGUAUUCCAGUAUGCAGCUCCCAUAGCACCGCCCACCCGCAAGGUGCCACAGGGUGCCCACACCCCGGGACAGCAGCCCUUCGGUGGCUACUAUCACAACGAGGAGGAAGUGAACAAUGUUUCCACAUUUCUGCAGCCCGUCGGCGGGGCUGGCAGCGCCAGUGCAGUGGAUGGGGCCAAGGAGCAGGAACAACCACAAGUGCACUUGUUGAAUGGAGGUCAAACUUCGACAACAAUACGCCCAACAACUCCCAUUACCACAACGCCAGAUCCGGCAAGUCUCCGUCCCACAAAGCGUCCCGCUUGUCUGCGUAAUCCGGACUCACCGAAAUGCAUCCGGCAACGUCGUCGUGAGGAGCAGCAGCGACAACGCGAGCGGGAUGAGUGGUUCCGUGGUCAGGCAGAGUUCAUGCAGCCACGCUUUGAGCCCAUCAUCCAAACAAUCAAUAAUACUAAACGUUUUGCGGUAUCCAUUGAGAUACCCGAUUCACUCAAGAGUCAAUCCUCAUUUGCACCCUCGUCCGAUGGCACAGAGGUUCAGUUGUUGUCUCGCGUAGCGCGUUCUCAGCAACGAACCCGUAAUACCGGUUCCGGUUCGUCGGGACAAGCGGGUGGUUCUACAGUUGAAAAGAUUUUCAACGAGUUCUCCCAUCCAGCAAAUCUUUUCGAUCAGGAUAUUGUGAUGACAUCUGCGGAUGUUGCCAGUGGCCGUGAUUUCCUGAUUUCCCAAUAUGGCGUUAUGGGCUCCAAUGAGCCCUUCAAUGUAACAACAACUCCAGUGCCCAUGGCCUACUCGGAGCCAAUAGAUAUAAAUCCUGACAAUUGCUACAAUGUCAACGCUCUAAGUUAUGGCCAAAAAAAACUUUGUGUCCUACACACAGGAGUUAUGCCCGCGAUUAGUCGAGGGGCACGUGCGGCAAUACAAGAAUGUCAAUUUCAAUUUAAAAAUCGUCGCUGGAAUUGCAGCACAACAGAGGACGACACAGUGUUUGGUCCUAUGACAAGCUUAGCUGCUCCAGAGAUGGCCUUCAUACACGCCUUGGCAGCGGCCACGGUCACAAGUUUCAUAGCCCGUGCCUGUAGAGACGGUCAAUUGGCUUCAUGUGGAUGUUCGCGUGGAUCGCGACCAAAGCAACUGCAUGAUGACUGGACCUGGGGAGGCUGUGGCGACAAUCUCGAGUACGCCUACAAAUUUGCUACGGAUUUUAUUGAUGUGCGUGAAAAAGAGUCACGACGGGAAACCCGGGGAGUGGGAAGCACAGAGAGGAAACGUUUGCGGGAGCAGCAACAGCAGCAGCAGCAGAAAAAAUGGAAUCAAAUGCAGGGUGAUGAUGCGAAAACAGGUGGAAUGGAUAAUCCAGACAAAUCUCUGAUUGCAACCACCACGGUGAAGUCGCUGGAAGCUAACAAUGACACGGCGUCAAGCGGAGGCAAUAGUAAUCAAUCAGACAGAGUUAUUGCGACAACCACAAUGCAGUCAUUGUUCCGAAAGGACGAUGACAAGGGAUCCGACACCCAUAUAAACAAUGAAGACUUAUUAGAGCUACAACAACGUAUAACAAAGGAAAUACUCAAUUCGAAAUUGCAGGGCAAGGAGAUGAUGGAAUUACAGGAGAAAAUUAAUCGGGAAAUUUUAAAUUCGAAAGUUUUCAAUGGAGACAACAACAAUAAUAACAACAACAACAAACGACGAAAACGAAAGCGAAAGAAUCAGAGGGCAGUCAUUGCUGAUGCACCAGAUCCCUCGAACAGUGGUGCCAAUUAUAAUGUCAGAGGAAUCGAUUCAGAUGGCAAGCCUCGCAGUCCCGCCACGUCCAAGGCACGAAGUUUAAUGAAUUUGCACAACAAUGAAGCAGGCCGACGGGCUGUUAUUAAAAAAACCAGAAUUACUUGCAAAUGCCAUGGAGUCUCUGGUUCAUGCAGUUUGAUUACAUGUUGGCAGCAGUUGUCAUCUAUAAGAGAAAUUGGUGACUAUUUGCGUGAGAAAUACGAAGAAGCUACCGAAGUGAAGCUCAACAAACGUGGACGUUUGCAAGUUAAAAAUACACUUUUUAAAGUACCUACAGCUCACGACCUGAUAUAUUUGGAUGAGAGUCCUGACUGGUGUCGCAGCAAUCGUCCAUUGCAAUGGCCAGGAACGCAUGGUCGAGUUUGCCAUAAGAGCUCAUCGGGCCUGGAUGGCUGUGCUAUACUUUGCUGUGGACGAGGAUAUAAUACCAAGAAUAUCAUUGUACACGAGCGAUGCAACUGCAAAUUCCACUGGUGCUGCCAGGUUAAAUGCGAUAUCUGUACAAAAGUACUCGAAGAGCACACUUGUAAAUAGAGUAUUUAAAUGCAGCAGCAAAAUAAUAAUAAUUAUAAUAAUAAUAAUUAAUAAUUAAUAAUAAUAAUAUCGAAUACUUUGAUGACAUAGCUACUAAAAAUAUUGCAUAUGCUAAUGGCAAAUGCGAUUAUUAACAAGAAAAUGAAAACUAUUUAUUGAAAUUACUUAUGUUGCGCCAGGUCGCUUUACAAUUGUUUUAAUUUAGCCAUUUAAUAUUUAUACCUAGUUUACAAAAACACGAAACAUUUUUGAAAAAGAAUGUGAAUCCCAAUAAUGAUGAUGAUGAUGAUAUAUACAUAUAUGUAUGUGUUCAAUCGCAACAAAAAAACAUACAAUUUAUUUGUAAGUUUUAUUUUUUGAAAACAUUGUAAUUUAUUUAAGACAAAACUCAUUCUUAAUGCGUUGAUUAUGCUAUCAUUAAAGUAGCCUAAAGAGUCGCUAGUUGAUCUUGCCACAAUUAAACAUCAAGCAUUAAAAUUUGAUCGACUUAUUCUACUUAUGUACCAUAAAAUUGCAUUUAAAUAAACUUGUAUUGCAUUUAUUAAAUUUUAUUAAACUACUAAACCGAAAUGUAUCUUAGAUUAGUAACUCUACUGAUCUGAUCUGUUCAUCUAAGCUAAGUGAUGUCCUACAACUAGUGACUCUGUCUAUCUCUCUCUCUAACUACAUCUAAUUUUUUACUAUACACUUUUAAGAAUACUUAUGUCAUCCGUUAGAAUAAUUUGUUUAUUCUUUAAGUAAUUUGUGCUUAGACUACGCAUUAAAAUAAACAUCAUGUGCGUCAACUGAUAA